GUUUUUUUCUUUGUUACUUUUUUUUUUCUUCACCCCCCUCUCUUCUUCUUUUUUUUUUUCACAAAAGCUUUGCCCAGUCAGAGCCUUUUUUUUAAAUAUAAUGUUGUCCUCAUCUUCAUUCAUGAAGGCCGCCAAGGCUUUCGUUCCUGCUGUUCGCACUCACGUCCCUGCUCGUACUUAUGCUCAAGUUAGUGGUAACUUUGCUGCUCAAAAGGUACCCAUGUCCAAUCUUGAACAAGACAAAUUUAUCAACUAUCAACGUAUUGAAGAUAAUUUGCAAAUUGUUCGUAAGCGAUUGAACCGUCCUUUGACUUUGUCUGAAAAGGUUGUUUAUGGCCAUUUGGAUGAUGCUGAAAACCAAGAUAUUGUUCGUGGUCAAUCUUAUCUCAAGUUACGUCCUGAUCGAGUUGCUUGUCAAGAUGCUACUGCUCAAAUGGCCUUGUUACAAUUCAUGUCUGCUGGUCUUCCCAGUGUGGCUGUUCCUACUACUGUUCAUUGUGAUCACUUGAUUGAAGCUCAAGUGGGUGGUGAAAAGGAUUUGGCUCGUGCUAUUGAUAUUAACAAGGAAGUAUAUGAUUUCUUGGCCACUGCUACUGCCAAGUACAACAUUGGUUUCUGGCGUCCUGGUUCUGGUAUUAUCCAUCAAAUCAUCCUUGAAAACUAUGCUUUCCCUGGUGGUCUUAUGAUUGGUACUGAUUCUCACACUCCUAAUGCUGGUGGUUUGGGUAUGGUUGCCAUUGGUGUUGGUGGUGCCGAUGCUGUGGAUGUGAUGGCUGAUAUUCCUUGGGAACUCAAGUGUCCCAAGGUGAUUGGUGUCAAGUUGAAUGGCAAAUUGAGUGGCUGGACUUCUCCUAAGGAUGUUAUUCUCAAGGUGGCUGGUAUUUUGACUGUCAAGGGUGGUACUGGUGCCAUUGUUGAAUAUCUCGGUGAUGGUGUUGAUUCUAUCUCUUGUACUGGUAUGGGUACUAUCUGUAACAUGGGUGCUGAAAUCGGUGCUACUACCUCCAUGUUCCCCUUCAACAACCGUAUGGGUGAUUAUCUCCGUGCUACCAACCGUGCUGGUAUUGCUCAAUAUGCUGAAUCCUUCGCUCACAAUCUCCGUGCUGAUGAAAACGCCCAAUACGAUGAAUUGAUUGAAAUCAACCUCGACACUCUUGAACCUCACAUUAACGGUCCUUUCACUCCUGAUUUGGCUACUCCUCUUUCCAAGUUCAAGGAAACCCUCAAGAAGAAUGACUGGCCUCAAGAACUCAAGGUUGGUUUGAUCGGUUCUUGCACCAACUCCUCUUAUGAAGAUAUGGCUCGCUCUGCUUCUCUUGCUCAACAAGCUGCUGAUCACGGUGUCAAGGCCAAGGCCAAGUUCACCAUCACUCCUGGUUCCGAACAAAUCCGUGCUACCAUCCAACGUGACGGUAUUAUGGACACUCUUACUAACGCUGGUGGUGUCGUGCUUGCCAAUGCUUGUGGUCCUUGUAUUGGUCAAUGGGAUCGUCAAGAUAUCAAGAAGGGUGACAAGAACUCCAUCAUCACUUCUUACAACCGAAACUUCACUGGUCGUAACGAUGCCAACCCUGCUACUCACGCUUUCGUUGCCUCUCCUGAAAUCGUCACUGCUUUGACCAUUGCUGGUGAUAUGACCUUCAACCCCAUCACUGAUUCUUUGACUGGUGCUGAUGGUAAGCCUUACAAGCUCCAACCUCCUUCUGGUUUCGAAUUGCCUCCCAAGGGUUAUGAUGCUGGUGAAAACACCUACCAAGCUCCUCCUACCGACCGUGCUAGUGUGUCUGUUGCUGUGGAUCCCAAGUCCAACCGUCUCCAAUUGUUGAAGCCUUUCGCCAAGUGGGAUGGUAAUGAUAUCACCAAUGUGCCCAUCUUGAUCAAGGUCAAGGGUAAGUGUACCACUGAUCACAUCUCCAUGGCCGGUCCCUGGCUCAAGUACCGUGGUCACUUGGAUAACAUCUCCAACAACAUGUUGAUUGGUGCCGUGAAUGCUGAAAACGAUGCUGUGAACAAGGUCAAGAACCAAUACACUGGUGAAUACAAGGGUGUGCCCGAAACUGCUCGUGAUUACAAGGCUGAAGGUAUCCGAUGGGUUGUCGUGGGUGAUGAAAACUAUGGUGAAGGUUCUUCUCGUGAACACGCUGCUCUUGAACCCCGUUUCUUGAACGGUGCUGCCAUCAUUGUCAAGUCCUUUGCUCGUAUCCAUGAAACCAACUUGAAGAAGCAAGGUAUGUUGCCUUUGACUUUCGCCAAUCCUGCCGAUUAUGAAAAGAUCGAUCCCUCUGACAAGGUUGACAUUGUUGGUUUGACUGAUUUCCAAGAAGGCAAGCCCUUGACUCUCCGUCUCCACAAGACCUCUGGUGCUACUGAAGAUAUUACUCUUAACCAUACUUUCAACGCUGGUCAAAUCGAAUGGUUCAAGGCUGGUUCUGCUUUGAACUUGAUGCGUGAAAAGGCUGCUUCUGCUUAAAAAAAAAACACAUUUUUUUUAUUAUUAUUAUUUAUCAUCAUCCUUUUUUUUUUUU